AUGUCCUGGCCGAGAGGCAUCUGUUCACUUUGCCAAAUUGCCCAAGAAGUCAACGGAGUGUGGAAAUGCGUCAAACACUCAGAUAUCUGCAGCCCCAGCGAGGAUUUCGACACCUUUCACCGAGAUGGUGAUACGGGUAAAUGGGCAUGCUGCUUGAAGGGCUUCCAAGUGAGGAACGGGCGUUGCGUCCAACCUCCGCCCAAAUGUCCUCCUCCUCCUGCGCCGACCGGACUAUGCAAGUCUUCUGUUUGUGCAAAGGCCAUACAGUCUUCCAAGAUGGAGUCCCACCUCCGCCAAGCGUUUGCGGAAUGUUUUCCCCAUGAUGAGUUACAUUUCGACUCUUUCGUUCAAUACCAGCUGAACUCCUUGGACAUGAGCAUCAAUCUUUUUGAGAAAAUAUACCAGGAUGAGCAAAGAGUGCUGAGGGGACGCCAACCACAGUCCUCCAGCCCUGCUGAAGAAUGGUCGAAUUGUUCGCCUGAUAAAUCUCCUUGCAAAUGGCUAUCUCUAGAGAACAACAGCAAUCCCAAGAGGCUAGCUCCCACAGGUCAUGAGAAGAUGACCUUGCCUAAUCCCACCAAGCAGCUUUCUCAUUAUGUAUAUCCCUUUGACACGUGGGUGACAAAGGUUGCUGAAGGCGAUUUGACGCUUUAUAUCAAUGGCAAGAAGGUCAUGCCUCAUAGCUCUGGCGUGGACUUUCUGAUCCCUGCUGGGACCGUCGCUGACGAUGUCCUGUACAAGUCUCAGAGCGGUACCAUGAUCCUAUUCUACGGAUCAUGCUCUUCCGAUAGACCAUGUGUUGGCAGAGAACUUGUGCCUUGGACGCGAGGGGUCUCCGACAAGAGGUUCGGCCAAGAAGGAGAGAUUGACGUGGAGCAUUACGAUACUGAUCUCGUACUCACGAUUGCUGACACUGAAAAUACCUCUGAAAAAUACACGGUUUAUGCCGAUGGUAAGGAAAUCGGCAGUACUCAUGGCAGACUGACCUUGGGGAAAGACAAGUACAAGAGAGAUCAUACCAACAGGGUCAAUGUGGGCUCUGGAGCCGCCGGUGCUCUACGCAGCAUUGCCAACGACGGAGUCUGGGGGUCUUUCAAGAUUCCGAGAGGAACUCGGAAGAUUACCAUCAGCGAUGAGGACUCUGAUUAUGACUUUGCCUUUGAGUACCGUCUUGAUGAACCAUGUGCCUGUGGGCGCUAUUAG